AUGAGAGGGGAAUAUCACUAUCCGGAAGAAGAAGGCGUUCCAUGUGAAGAUACAGAUGAAGUCAAGGAAGAUAGAACCAGUAACGACCAAGAUGACAUCGGUAAUCAACCAUUUAAUGAAACUAGUGACAACCAAGAUGACAUCGGUAAUCAACCAUUUGAUGAAACCAGUGACGACCAAGCUGAUAUCGGUAAUCAACCAUUUGAUGAAACCAGUGACGACGAAGAUGACAUCGUUCCCAUAGAGUCUAGUGACAGUCCUAUUUGGAUAGCAAGUGAAACUCUUAUAUAUUUACCUGAAGUUAAACCUGACGAAACACCAGUAAUCCGGUAUAUUUUCACAACACGUCCUUCCUCUCUUGUGCACAUUCACCAAAACGAAGAACCUACAUGGAUCGAUAUAUCUCUAAAGAAAGAGAUUGUACUUGAUGUACCUGACAAGAACGAAAGAAAAGUAAUGAUAAAGGAAGAAAAGAGAAACGGAACAGGAACAAAUAACUUAUUUAAUGAUGCUAAAAAAAGAAGACAGACGGAGGAUAGCCAAUCUAAAAAGAAACAAAAAACAGAUGGACCACACAUGGCUAAGAAAUCAACCUUCCGAGAUUUUUUCAAAUCACUGUUUUCCUGUAUUCGAAAACCUAAAAAAGUAGAAGCACUCUGA